AUGCGUGUCUUCACGAAGAGGGACAUUCGUAGCGAUGCUAGGCGUAGAAUCAUUGCCGCCUCGCCCGCCCCGUCAGUGGCUGUUAGCAGUCAAGGCACAGCCAAUAAUGUGAGCACCAAUCGCCCAGCUCGUCCAGCUCGGUCUUCUGCCGGCUACACAAGGGUUCCGGCACGGUCAAUCAAGCGUCGAAGGCUUGCGACGCCUCCUCCUCCGCAGCGAAUCGAAGCUCGAAAACCACCACAGCUCCACACCAACGUCCGACGCAUCAUUCUAGAGCGCCACUGGGUCGACUGUAGCGCCUGCCGAGAGGCAGGACGCGAGUGUGUUCCUCCUCAGGCCGACUCGAUGCAACGAAAGUGCUGGCGAUGCCGCGCAAAGACCAAGAUCUUUUGCGACGGGUGCUUCUGGAUGGACUACCACAGCGUCAGAAAGUUCAAGCAGCUUCUCGACGCCGGUCUUGACAUCGAAGAGGUCGAUCAGCGUGUGUGGGGAGCGUUCCCUGGUGUCCUGGGCGGUCCGUUUGACAAGUGCAAGACGUACAGCUUCGCUGCUGAAUCCACUUCGAACGACCAUGAAUUUGUAUUCAACCCUGCUCUGCACACUCUCUAG